UUCCUGCAUCACAGACUCUGAGUCUGGUGGGAAAUGACAUCACAGGCUCUGAGUUGGGGCCUGAUGCCAAAAACACCCCAAAAACAGUUCAGGGACAGACGGGUACAUAUACAUUUUGACACCAGCGACAGGUGACAGUCCAGUUGCUGAUGUUACAAAACCGAGGGUGCAGCCAGACUACUAGACUGCUGUCUGAAUUGAGGAACUCUGUAGGUAACAAUGAGACAGGCCACAGGACACAGCAGUGACAACCAGAGGAAGAAUGCAACUCAGGCUGGAUCUGUUGUGUUUCUCUCCAACCCUUUGAUGAGUGAUAUUGAGUCAGAUUGGUCCCCCAUUCAUGAUGCAGCCUACAAUGGACGUGUUCUCACACUGAGAAACCUAAUAGCUCAGGGAACGUGUGUCAACCUGGCCACUCUAGAAAGAGUCUCUCCCCUUCAUGGAGCCUGUCUGCAGGGACACACUGCCUGUGCCAAGUUACUGAUAGAAAAUGGGGCAAAUGUGAACGUCCCCACGUUGGAGCAGACCACCCCCCUGUCAGAGGCCUGUGCCCGGGGCCACGUGGCCUGUGUAACCCUGCUCCUCCAGCACGGAGCCUUACCUGAAGGAUACAGCCUCUCAGCCUCCCCCAUCCACCAGGACAGACUCCUAUUAGGACAGACUCCUAAUAGAUAGACAGAUCCUCUGUGGUUAGGGUUGCAAAAUUCUGGGAACUUUCACUAAAUUCCCGGGUUUUCUAGAAAUCCUUGUUGGAGGUUACAGAUUUCCGGCUUAAUCUCUUCUGACUCCGGGAAACCCCCAACCGGGAUUUGGGGAAAAACAGGGAAUUUAUUGAAAGUUCCUGGAAUUUUGCAACCCUAUCAGUGGUGCGUCAGCCAAGGAGGUAGCCACGUGAUUAACUGAAGACUGCACAAACUGCAGUGCAGACUUCAGUUUCAAUAAAUUCCCCGGUUUUCCCCAAAAGUAAAGGGAAAACCCCGUAGAGAUGACAAAAUGUUGCCGAAAAUAACAUAAUGAAGGGAUCACGAUGCGCGUUUUUCUUCUCUCAAAGGUUCAUAUACAGUAGCUAUAGCACUUUGACAAAGAUGAAAGUCAAAACGUGUCAGCUUAUAUAAAAUAAAAAAGAGCACCAUUACCUAAGAAUGUACUGUUGUUGCAGUAAUUUAUGGGAGAUGCUGUCAUCUUUCCUUUUUUGUAAUACUUAGGAGCAAGAGCAAUUUGUUAAGCCAUGGUCACGUUGAUUUAAUUUGUUAUGUGUAAUGAGAUGUAUCAUUCCCUAGAUUUAGAUACAGUCAGCACUUUUUCAAAGCAGAUCCCACGCACUGUUCUUUAUUCCUUGAAGAUAUCUCUGUCCAGGUCACCCAGAAUGCAUUGAGUCUCAGGUUCAUCACGGGGCAGAUGUUGAUCAACACACUGACCAAUCAGGCUCCCCACUCUACACUGCCUGCACCAAUCAGCAUCUGAGCACUGUGAAGAAAUUGCUUCAGCUAGGUAUGAAAGUGGAUUCUCUUCCAUUUAUCUAGUCUAGAUACUGUAGAAUCUGGACUAGACAUUGACCAAUGUGCUUCUAUCACAAGGUUCUGCUGUAUAUAAUACAUUUUACCAAGAUAGCCACGGCACAUCAAGUACAUGACCAGUAGUGUGGAACGCCUCAUUCCCAAAUUAUGGGCAUUAUAAUGGCGUUAGUCCCCCCUUUGCUGCUAUAAUAGCCUCGACUCUUCUGGGAAGGAUUUCCACUAGAUGUUGGAACAUUGCUGUGGGAACUUGCUUCCAUUGAGACACAAUAGCAUUUGUGAGAUCGGGCACGGAUGUUGAACGAUUAGGCCUGACUCGCAGUCAGAAUUCCAAUUCAACACGAAGGUGUUCGAUGGGGUUGAGGUCAGGGUUUUGUGCAGGCCAGUCAAGUUCUUCCACACCGAUCUCAACAAAUAAUUUCUGUAUGGACCUCACUUUGUGCGUGGAGGCAUUAUCAUGCUGAAACAGAAAAGGGCCUUCCCAAAACUGUUACCACAGUUUGGGAGUUGUGCAAAGCUGUCAAGGCAAAGGGUGGCUACUUUGAAGAAUCUCAAAUAUAACAUAUAUUUUCAUUUGUUUAACACUUUUUUUCCUUACUACAUGAUUCCAUGUGUUAUUUAAUAGUUUUGAUGUCUUCACUAUUAUACUACAAUGUACAAAAUAGUAAAAAUAAAGAAAAACUCUGGAAUGAGGGUUGACUAGUAUUGUAUAGUGUAGGUUGAGGCUUAUUCACCUAAGGCACUCAUAUGACAUUUACUGUGCAUACAAAAUCCAUACAUGUUCCACACAAUAUCCAUAAAUAUACGCUCUUGGUCAGGUGCUAGUGUGAACAGCAGUAAGGAUGGGGACUCUCCUCUGAACACGGCAGCCCGUCUGUCCAACCCUGGGCUGAUGCCUGUUCUGCUGGAGCAUGGGGCUGACUGCAGCAGCAGAGACACACAGGCAAACAACCCCCGGACCUGGCCUCUUGCAACAGCCCCGUGGAGAAAAUAGUGCUGGGCCACAGACGAGGUAGCUAGUCCCCCAAUGGAUCUAUCUGAUACACAACAUUUUUGACGUCCUGACCUUAGAGAUCCUUUUUAUGUCUCUUUUUUUGGUGUAGUCAGGGCGUGAGUUGGGGUGGGCAUUCUGUGUUUUGUGUUUCUAUGAUUUUCUAUGUUUUGGCCAGGUAUGGUUCUCAAUCAGGGACAGCUGUCUAUCGUUGUCUCUGAUUGGAAACCAUACUUAGGUACCCUUUUUCCCCACCUGUUUGUGGGAAGUUGACUUUGUUUAGGGCACAUAGCGGUUGAGCUUCACGGUUUGGUUUUGUAGUGUUUAUUGUUUUGUUUGGCGCCAUUUUGAGUUAAUAAAGAAAAUGUACGCUUA